AUGGAGUGUAGUCAUCCAUCAUUCAAGGAAAACAAGUGUAGACGUUGCAACCUACAUAUCGCCGACUGUGGCAAUCCGGCCACCAUACCAUUCCGGUACAUCGACGAUAACUUAUCCAUCACCGUCGACGAAGUUAAGCGUGUUCGAGAUGUUAACAUGAAGUUGUUAACAGAAAACAAGAAACUUCACUUAGUUCUUGACUUGGAUCAUACUCUUAUCCAUUCUAUGAAGAUCAAGAAACUCAAGUCUACGGAUAAAGAAACUAUCAAAAAUAUCAAGUACGAUGACGUGUUCGAGAUCAAGCUUUCUAAUAGUGAAUAUGUUUUGAAGUUAAGGCCAGGUGCUCGUGAAUUUCUUGAUAUGGUUAGUUCGAUGUUUGAAUUAUCAAUCUUUACAAUUGGUAAACGUGAGUAUGCUCAUCAAGUUGUUGAACAACUCGGUGGUUUAUCGAGGUUUUCGUGUGUAAUCGCAAGGGAAGAUUGUUUGAAGACGAGGCAAAAGACGUUGGAUUUGGUGUUAUCACAUAAACAAACUGUUUUGAUAGUUGAUGAUACGGAACAAGUUUGGGAGAAAUCUUGUAAGGAAAAUCUGAUAACAAUAAAACGUUACGACUUCUUUCCCAUAAAGGAAGAAGGAAUAGUAGUGGAGAUGGAUAAGGAACUUGAUAGGGUUUUCGAAAUGUUAAGGGAAGUUCAUAGUUUGUUUUAUGAUGGUAAUAAUGAAGAUUAUGGUAUGAAAAAAGAUGCAAGGGAAGUUCUCAAAAGGGUUUUGAUUGGUCGAGGAUUAAGUUGUUUGAGUCAAGAACAACACCAAGAAGAGGAUCAAAAGAAGCUUGGCGACUGUAUUGAAAAAGGUGUUGAAGUGUGUAGGGUGAAGAGGUUAAAAAUCAAAUUUAAUGGUUCAGACUCUUUUGCUUGUUACUUAAUUCUUGCUGCUCUAUUAAGUUCAACUGAUUGA